CCCGUGACGUAGGGCGCUACGGCUCGCGGACAGGGCCAGCGCCGGCGCGCGCACUUCCUAAAUACACGCGCCGCUCCUGCCUGUCUGUGCUGGCACUGAGGGGGGCACCUGGACCUCAAGACGCUGAAGAUGGCCUUAGAGCAGCUAUAUGACAUGUUGCAGAGAUGUCAGGUGCUGGCUGACGACAGCUUCAAGCCGGAAGACUACGAGCAGUUCCAGAGCGCGGGCCGGGCCUGUCUGGAGCGAGGGGGCGCGGCACAAGUGCUGGAGGUCGUGCAGGAUGAGAAAAACAAGGCGAUCGUGAGGAGCAUGGGCUGGAACCUGCUGGGCCCGCUGGUGCAGGUCAUCUUGCAGAAGGAUGAGAAGAGCCUCCAGCACUGCCUGAGCAUCUUCGCCCACCUGCUGGACUGGCACUGCACUGCUCUCCCCGCAGUCCUGCUGAAGCUGGGCGACAAGAAGGCCGCCUCGGUGGGCAUGGCCCUGUCCACCAUCCUGAACCAGCUGUCCCGGCUGCCCGUGCCGUACACCCGGGAGCAGGAGGAGGACGACGCCCACGGGCUCUGCCGCUGCUGCACGGCGCUGCCGGGCUUCGUGGGGCCACUGGUGGAGGAGGCGAAGCAGACCCGGCCGGGGGGCCGGGGGGCCGAGCUCAGGACCGAGCUGCUCAAGUUCUGUAUGAAGAGCCUGAGAGAGCCCCUCCUGCAGGCCCAGCUCGGCGACGACCCGGACUCUCCUGCCGACUCUCCCCUGAGACGCUUCGCCUCCCAGAUCCUGGCCACGCUGCUGAGCCUGGGGGAGUCCCUGCCCCACCUGCUGUUUCACCACGUCCUGAAGAAGAAGGAAGAGACGGGAUUCUUGGAGGAGGAUGCCAGGUACUCCAGAGAGUCCCUGGCGUGCCUGGCCUACCUGCUCUUCGUGCAGCGCGCCGCCAUCGACCGCUUCCCCGCCGUCUUCAGCCCUGUGUUUGUCCUGCGUUGCAAUAUGCAGUAUGUUGACAUCUUGCUGAGCAGGACAGAAGAGUCCCGGGUAUCCAAGGGGCUGGACCUGUACGAGCAGAGCCUGGUGAGGACGGAAGACGGCAGUCUCCCGGUGGAGCUGUUGGAGUUGAGGGUGUUCCUCAGCGUGCCGCAGAAUCUGGUGAAAGUCAUGACCCUAUGCCCGAUUCCACACUUGAGAACAAAGGGGCUUGCAGUGUUUCAGCUCAGUAUAGACAAACUCGACAUGGAGGCGAAAUACAAAUUCUUCAGGUGCCUGCUGAAGACCAGUCACCAUGCUGGAGUAGAAGGCUACAUUAUUAAGAACAUUAAAAAUCAGAUUGACUUUGCUCUCAAGCCAGGUAACGGCAGCGUGUGGUUCUCCGGAGCACAGCUGCUUCCUCUGCUGCGUUCAGUCCUGACGCUGCCCGAAGGACCAGAAACAGACCUGCUUCAGAACCUAGACAGAGUAAUGGAGUCUCUGAAUCUUCUGAGAUAUUUAUUGAUCAGAGAUAAGGAGUGGGACAAUCAGACUGGGAUUUGGACAGAGCUCUACAAGAUCGAAGAAAACUACCUCAAGCCUUUACGCACUGGGCUAAACAUGUCCAAAGCUCACUAUGAAGCUGAGCUUAAAAGCACAAAAGAGAUCAAAAAGUUAAAAGGACAAAAAGAAAGUCGGCCUGUUUGCACGGUUACAGUAGGCAAUGAAAAGUUGCCCAACAUGACUCCCGAGAUGCAGGUUCAGGUUCUGCACUCGGCCUUGUUCACGUUUGAUUUAAUGGAGAGCGUCCUGACCAGAAUCGAGGAGAUCAUCGAGGUGAAAGUAAAACCUUAGCCAGCAGGAAAACUGGGUCAGUCAGCACAUUACUGGCACUGCCUCUGUGGUCAGCUUGUUUUAGCUUCACCCUCAAGAAGAGUUUUGUAUAAAUGAAUGUUUCAUACUGUUGUCCUUUAUUGAAAGAGAAGCAAAUUAAAAGAACAACUCUCA